AAUCUAUCUUUUAAGGAACGUGGAGUCUUUCUCGUUCGUUUUCUCAAGGGGUUUAGAAAAGAAAGAAAUCCGGAGAGAAGUGAUUAGAUUAAUUUCACAAAUAUCGAAUAUUUGGAUAGUUGCAAGAUAUAAACUGAUAAGACGACAACAAACUGGUGAAGAAUAAAAAACGGAAACAAUGGCUGCCGAUCAUUUUAACCAACUCUUAAAUUCUUUGCUUUCCACCGACAAUGAAGUGAGACAGCAAGCUGAGGAUGCCUACAACAAUGUGCCCCGUGAACUCAAGGUCACACAUUUACUGGCCACCAUUCACAAUGGCCAACAGUCAGAGGAGGCCCGCCAAAUGGCUGCUGUUUUAUUGCGUCGUCUUUUCACAUCAGAAUUUUUAGAAUUUUACAAAGAGCUGCCGCAAGAAGCACAGGGUCAAUUGCUGCAGCAAAUUCUAUUAGCCGUCCAACAAGAUGUAACACCAAAUUUACGCCGGAAAAUUUGUGAAGUUGUUGCGGAGGCGGCGCGCAAUCUAAUCGACGAUGAUGGCAACAACCAAUGGCCAGAUUUCUUGCAAUUUCUCUUCCAAUGUGCAAAUUCACCAUCGGCUCAACUGCAAGAGUCUGCAUUGAGAAUUUUUGCCAGUGUUCCAUCGAUUUUUGGCAAUGAAGAAGCCCAAUAUAUGGAUUUGAUUAAGAAUAUGCUAACCAAGAGCAUGGAACCAGGCGCCGAUGUGGAGGUGCGUUUCCAAGCAGUGCGCGCCGUUGGGGCUUUUAUCUUGCGCCACGACAAGGAAAAGGAAGCUGUUAUUUACAAACAGUUUGCUGAUUUGUUGCCACGCAUGAUCAUGAUUACCGCCGAAAGUAUUGAAGCACAAGAUGAUCAAUCAUUGCUCAAGCUUUUGAUUGAUAUGACCGAGACAUGCCCGAAGUUUUUGCGUCCUCAAUUGGAAAUAAUUUUCGAGAUAUGCAUGAAGGUUUUCAGCGCUCAAGAUGUAGAGGAUAGCUGGCGCCAUUUGGUUCUUGAGGUUAUGGUAUCGUUGUCGGAAAAUGCCCCUGCAAUGGUUAGGAAACGUGCUGAGAAGUAUGUAAUUGCUCUGAUUCCCUUGGUACUUCAAAUGAUGACUGACAUGGAUGAUGAUGAAGAUUGGGCCACUUCGGAUUCCGUAAACGAAGAUGAUAACAGUGAUAACAAUGUCAUUGCCGAGUCUUCAUUGGAUCGGUUGGCUUGCGGACUGGGUGGUAAAGCUGUUUUGCCACAUGUCAUGAAUGCAUUGCCUGCUAUGUUGAGCCACAGCGAUUGGAAACAAAGGUAUGCCGCUCUCAUGGCUAUUUCCGCCAUUGGCGAAGGUUGCCACAAACAAAUGGAAGCUAUGUUGGAGCAGGUUAUGGAAGGAGUUUUAAACUUUUUGCGUGAUCCUCAUCCACGCGUACGUUAUGCUGCUUGUAAUGCCAUUGGCCAAAUGUCUACCGAUUUUGCUCCCAACUUUGAGAAGAAAUUCCACGAGAAAGUAGUACCAGGUCUUUUGUCGUUGUUAGACGAUGUGCAGAACCCACGCGUGCAGGCUCAUGCUGGUGCUGCGCUUGUCAAUUUCUCGGAAGAUUGCCCCAAACAUAUUUUGACUCGCUACUUGGAUGGCAUCAUGGGCAAACUUGAAGCUGUUUUGAAUUCAAAAUUCUCGGAAUUGGUAGAGAAGGGAAACAAAUUGGUAUUGGAACAAAUUGUAACAACCAUUGCUUCGGUAGCCGACACCUGUGAAAAAGAAUUCGUUACUUACUAUGACCGUUUGAUGCCUUGCCUUAAGUUUAUUAUUCAAAAUGCCACUUUAGAGGAUUUGCGUAUGUUGCGUGGCAAGACCAUUGAAUGCGUCAGUCUCAUUGGUUUGGCUGUGGGUCGGGAGAAAUUCAUAACUGAUGCCGGUGAAGUUAUGGAUAUGCUGCUGAAGACUCACUCUGAGGGCGAUUUGUCAGACGAUGAUCCUCAAACUUCUUAUUUGAUCACCGCUUGGGCCCGCAUGUGCAAGAUUUUGGGCAAACAAUUCGAACAAUAUUUACCUUUGGUAAUGGGCCCGGUUAUGCGCACAGCAGCCAUGAAGCCCGAGGUGGCUCUCUUGGAUAAUGAUGAAGUGGAGGACAUUGAGGGUGAUGUUGAUUGGUCCUUCAUCAAUUUGGGCGAACAACAAAACUUUGCUAUACGCACUGCCGGUAUGGAAGACAAGGCUUCGGCCUGUGAAAUGUUGGUCUGUUAUGCUCGUGAGCUGAAGGAAGGCUUUGCAGACUAUGCAGAAGAAGUGGUACGUCUAAUGGUGCCAAUGUUGAAAUUCUAUUUCCACGAUGGCGUGCGCUCAGCCGCAGCUGAAUCGUUGCCCUGUCUAUUGGACUGUGCUAAGAUCAAGGGGCCCCAAUACUUGGAAGGCAUGUGGCUUUAUAUCUGCCCGGAAUUGUUGAAGGUCAUCGGCACUGAACCCGAAGCCGAUGUACAGGCUGAACUUUUGAAUUCAUUAGCCAAAUGCAUCGAGACCUUGGGUCCUAACUGCCUAAACGACGAUGCAAUGAAACAGGUGCUAGAGAUAAUUACCAAGUACAUGGAUGAACAUUUUGAGCGCGCAGACAAACGCUUACAGGCACGCAAUGAGGAGGACUACGAUGAUGGGGUCGAAGAGGAAUUGGCUGAACAAGAUGAUACUGACACAUACAUAUUGUCCAAAGUGGUUGAUAUCUUACAUGCUCUAUUCCUAACAAACAAAGUACAGUUUUUGCCGUAUUUUGAUCAAAUCGCUCAGAACUUUGUAAAACUUUUGGAUCCAGCACGCUCUUGGUCUGAUAGACAAUGGGCUCUCUGUGCAUUUGAUGAUGUCAUAGAAUUUUGCGGUCCAGCUUGUGCUGCAUAUCAACAAUUCUUCACACCUGCCCUUCUGCAAUAUGUCACCGAUAAAUCACCAGAAGUGCGCCAAGCAGCUACAUACGGCUGUGGAGUCUUGGGUCAAUUUGGUGGUGAACAAUUUGCCGUAACCUGUGCACAAAUCAUUCCUUUAUUAAUGCAAGUUGUCAACGAUCCUAAAAGUCGCGAACCCGAAAAUAUGAAUCCCACGGAAAAUGCCAUCUCUGCUGUUACAAAAAUACUGAAAUACAACAAAUCUGCUUUACAAAAUGUUGAUGAAAUCAUAAACGUCUGGUUCGCCUGGUUGCCAGUUACAGAAGACACAGAUGAGGCAACACAUAUUUAUGGCUAUUUGUGCGAUUUAAUACAAGCCAAUCAUCCCAUCAUUUUGGGAGCCAACAACUGCAAUCUACCACGCAUUGUCUUAAUUAUAGCUCAAGCAUUUUUAAAUAAAGUGGUGGCAUCCGUCAGCGAUGUGGGUUCACGAAUGUUGGGCAUUGUUAAACAGGUUGAAUCUAAUCCCGAAGUGUUCCAGGCAUGUGCUAGCCAGCUCACACCAGAAAUGCAGCAUGCUCUUCAAGAAGCCUUUCGGGAAUUGGCUCUUGCAACGGCGCAGGGCUAAGAAUCAAAUAGCGAUAUAAAGCGAAACUAACAACAUAUUUCUUCCCCUCCACUAAAAACAAAAACAAAAAAAGAGAAACGGCAAGGCAAAUAAAAAAAUCAACAAUGAACACACCUAUACACACACAUAUAUAUAUUAUUAUAUAAAGAAAUUUGCUUUCUUUCAAAAUUGCAUUAAUAUAUAAAAUAUAUAGACAAACAACAAACGAUAAUAUUAUAUACACAGUAUAUAGAAUAUACUUACCCAUACAUAGAUAUAUAUACACACACACGAAUAUAUAUUGAAACGGAAAAAUAAAAUAAAAAAAAACCUUCUCCUUCUGCUCGUCCCUAAAAUAAUUUGGAUUCACCUUUACACCCAUACGAAUUCACACACCUACACACACACAGAUUAACAAUUCAAAUUAAAUAUCACUACUCACCACUCUCAACAAACAAAAAGCGAUAACUAACAAUCGCCUUUAAUUUUUUGUUGGCCGACAUUUUUAAUUUUCUUUGAUUAAUUGCCAAGUUUUAAAUUUGUAUGACUGUUUGUUUUUUCCCACUCGAGUCUUCGAAUUAAUUUUACUACUUGAUUAACAUUUAUUCCAUUUUUUUAAGAGAAAAUUAUCUCUUUUUUUCUCUUUCGUAUGUGAGUGCAUAAUUUAUUUAGAUUCCUUAAUUUCAUAUUUUAUUACUUUAAUUACUGUUGCAUUAUAUAUUUAACAUAUCGUCCAUGUAUUUUUUUUAUUGAUAUGUUUUUUAUCUCUGAAAUACUACUUUUUUAUUCACUUUCAAAUCAGCAGAAUCGCCACGAAAAGAAGAAAUUCAACAAACGAAAAAUAUAUUUAUAGAAACAAGGAAAAACACUAUUGUAUGUUUGACUUUAAUUAUUUUUUAAUUGUUUACAAGUCUUUUUAAAUGAGUUAAAGAGAAAAAAAAUACUACAAGUAACUGGAAAUUAUAUAUAUAAAAAAACAAAAUUCUAUUAAAUAAAAAUAAUGAAAAAUA